GGUAUGUUAACGCCUUAACGAAGACUCUAUAUGUGAACAUGAGGAUGACUUGAAUGGUCAUUGAAUUGGUCAAUGAGAUAUAUUCUUGGAUUCAUUCCGUGGAGGAAGUAAGCUGGGACGGGCUAGUAGAUGAAUCCUCGACCAAAACCAAAUCUCUCAUUUCAUAACAAUUAUAAUGAAAAAAAUUGCUACGAUUUUCCUCUUUAUUUCCCUUCUUAUUGAAACUCUCAACGGAGUUAAAGCUGGCUUCCUCUGCGUAGGUGACACCUUCCUCGCCAACAGUAGCUAUGGCCAAAACCGCAACUCUGUCUUCUCCUCUCUUGCUUCUCAAGUCAUCACCAACCGUGGAUUCUACAACGCCUCACUCAAUAGCGUUCACGCCGUUGCCUUAUGCCGAAGAGGAUACGAGCGGCAAGCUUGUAUCAACUGCGUGGAAAAAGCGAUUCAACUGAUAAAACAACGCUGUUCUGAUCGCGUUGAAUCGUUCAAUUGGGACGGUGACGAUGCGGACCAGGUAUCUUGUCUUGUACGUACAACAAACAACUCAACUUUUCAGAAACUCGAUCUUGGACCAGCUACGCUUGACGCAAGUCCUCUCAAUAUCGGCUCAUCCGCCAAGAACAUGACCCUAUUCCGCCAAGAAUGGGAAGCAACCGUUAACCGAACACUUGAGGCUACAACCGUCAACACUUCUGCAUCGGUUCUCAAGUAUUAUGGAGUAGCUAAUGCAGAGUUUGUCGAGUUUCCAAAUGUUUACAUGAUGAUGCAAUGCACACCCGACAUAACUUCCGGCGAGUGUAAGAGUUGUCUGGAAGAGUGCGUUACCUAUUUUAGAGAUACGUCUUGGGGAAAACAAGGAGGUACAGUUUGUCGACCGAGCUGUCUUUUCCGGUGGGAUCUUUACCCUUUUUACGGUGCUUUUGCUAAUAUAACAAGAGUUCCUGCCCCUCCUAGACCUUUGAUUCCUCAAGCACAUGCAAUAUCUGUUACUAGCUUGAAAGGAAAAAUUAUUGCGAUAGUUGUGAUUCCUACAGUCAUUAAUCUGUUGGUGCUUCUUGGUCUGAUCAGAGCUUAUCGUCAGAUAAAAAAAUCUAAAGAGGAAACCAGUGUCUGGACAGAGCAGGACUGUAUUUCCGAUAGUCAGUUUAUGCUGAAGUUCGAUCUUACCAUGGUCCUACUCGCAACCGGUGACUUCUCCCUUGAAAAUAAGAUUGGCCAAGGUGGAUUUGGAUCUGUCUACAAGGGGAUAUUACCGAGUGGGCAAGAAAUAGCUGUAAAGAGAUUAACAAGAGGCUCAGGGCAAGGAGAGAUUGAGUUCAGGAAUGAGGUCUCACUCUUGACAAGACUCCAACAUAGGAAUCUAGUUAAGCUUCUAGGUUUUUGUAGUGAAGGAGAAGAAGAUAUUCUUAUCUACGAGCAUGUCCCUAAUUCAAGUCUUGAUCACUUCAUAUUCAAUGAAGAGAAGCGUGUGCUGCUAACAUGGAAUGUGAGGUACAAAAUCAUAGAAGGCGUUGCUCGAGGUCUUCUUUAUCUACACGAAGAUUCUCAGCUGAGGAUUAUCCACCGAGACUUGAAGGCGAGCAAUGUUCUUCUAGAUGCUGAGAUGAACCCUAAAGUUUCGGACUUUGGGAUGGCGAGGUUAUUUGACAUGGACCAGACUCGAGGAGUGACAAGGAGGCGCGUUGGAACCUUUGGCUAUAUGGCUCCUGAGUACAUUAAGAACGGAAGACUUUCAGCCAAAACAGACGUCUACAGUUUCGGGGUUGUGCUUUUGGAGAUGAUAACUGGUCAAAGUAACAAUAACUACUUCGAAGCCAUGGGGCUCCCCGCAUACGCUUGGAAGUGUUGGGUGGCCGGUGAGGCUGCGAGUAUCAUCGAUCCUGUCUUGAGUAGGACCCCAACAAAUGAAAUCCUGAGAUUCAUCCAUAUUGGUUUGCUGUGUGUUCAAGAGAACGUUGCAAAGAGACCGACAAUGAGUUUUGUUAUUCAAUGGCUUGGUAGUGACACUAUCGCGAUUCCUUUACCUACCACUGCUGCUUUCACCACGACCGAGUUGCAUAAAAUCGAUGAAAUGAAUCAAGCCAAAGGUGAAGCUAGUACUCAGUCAUUGAACAAGUUAUCAGUCACCGAGUUAAGUCCUCGUUGAAUUGGAGACCUCUCUGUAAACUCAUACAUCUAAGUGUGCAUUAAUUCUUAAAUUACAUUAGUAGAAAAUUCUUCUUUCUUUGGAAAUACUCUCGUUGUUCAUGAUCAGUAAUCAAUCAAAUUAGUGUCGUCUAGUUGAUGAUGGUAUUUAUUUUCUAAAAGUUUGUUUCAAAAUUAUCCAAGAAAUUAAUUCAUAAUGAUGCUUACUAUUUAUUUGGGACA